GAAGAGGGAGGAGAGGCCGAAGCCGGCGCGCCGAGUUGAAAGGUGAAGCUGCGCGGCGCGCGGCGAUGACGUAAUGGCUUUGUGCGCUGGGCGGCCGGGGGGCAGCAGUAGCGGCAGCUUUCCCCGCACGUCGUCGCGCUGGGGCUGCCUCCGCCGCCGGGUCCCAGCUAGGCCCGCCUCCCGCUCCCUCCGCUCCGCGUGAGGAGCCGUCCUCUCUUCCGGUAAGUGGCGGCGGCGGCGUUUCCGGGCGUUGGGAAGGGAGCAAGCGGGGCUGGAGCCGCUCCUGAGGGAAAGUGGGGAGUGGGAGAGGGCCGGGGGAUGCUGCUCCCUCGGGUGGGCCUCGCGAGGAGGGUGGGCAGGAGGUUUUUCGUUUAUUCUUAUUCCUUGCUAUCAGUUACAUGUGUAUACCGCCCUUCGCCCGCAGACCUCAGGGCGGUUCACGGCAUAAAAAAAUGAACCCCACAUUGUCGCCUCGGCCUUUCGCGCUUGAAAAGCCUGAGGGCAAUGCCAGCCCCACGCCGACAGCCAGCGUGGCCUGUAGCGACGGCCCUCCGCACCUCGCCAGAUGGGCGAGCAACUGCCAGCCCCGUAUGCAUGGCCGGGGUCGCGCUUUUAGUUUCUCCUUCCCGUCCUCCCAUGCGCGCGCUCUCUACCCACCUACCCACUUUUCCAUUUUUUCUAAAGACAUUGCCAAAAGGAGUAUUUACAAAAAGGGAUAGGUUGCUUGCCCACCCGUUGCCUCUUCAAUCGUUGCUGCUUACAUUCUCUCUGUGUCUAGACUCAAUUGGCAGGGAGGGGUUGUUACUGGGUUGUUUUUAUUUUGGUUAUAUAUUUUGUGGUUUGUAUACAGUGGUACCUCGGGUUACAUACGCUUCAGGUUACAGACUCCGUGAACCCAGAAAUAGUGCUUCAGGUUAAGAACUUUAUUUCAGGAUGAGAACAGAAAUCGUGCUCCGGCGGCGCGGCGGCAGCAGGAGGCCCCAUUAGCUAAAAUGGUGCUUCAGGUUAAGAACAGUUUCAGGUUAAGUACGGACCUCCGGAAUGAAUUUCGUACUUGACCCGAGGUACCACUGUAUUUUGAUACUGCUCUGGGAACUACCCUGAGACCUCCGGGUAUAUAAAUUCAAUAAAUAAUAAUACUAAUUUGUGGUGGUGCAGGUGUCAGUGUGUGUUGAAGUAGUUGAGGAAAGAGAUCAGUAUACCGACUCAAUGGCUGUGGUUGGUAUUCCACUAAGUUUUUACUCAGGGUAGACCGGCUGAAACCAAUGUAAGCUCCAUUCGUUUUAGUGGGACUACUUGAAGUAAAACGUGGUUGGAUACCACCUUCAUUGAAUACCACUAACUCAGGGCACCAGAGUAAGGAAUUCCACUUGUGCAGCAGAAUUUCUCCCUCUCCUUGCAUGCAACAUCCCUCUAGAGCAGGGGUUGUCAUCCUGGUCCCUACCAUCCACUAGUGGGUGUUUCAGAAUUCUAGGUGGGCGGUAGGUUCUACAGCACAAGCUGAAUCCUCCUUCCAUUGAGCACUGGUGGGUGGUAAGGAAAUUUUACCAUCAAGAAAGAUGCAUUAGUGGGUAGUAGGUGCAUGAGGAAAACCCAUUCCCCUAUUAACGGAUUUAGGGGCACUUGGGGAAGGAAGUUUCAUUGCACAAGUGUAAAGCUUUGCACCGAUAGAACAAAUUAGUUAUUGCCCCAUCUAUAGAUCUGACAAAAGUGCAUUCGUGGCCCUUAAAAGCACACACCGCAGCAGAUAUUUUACUUUUAAAAAAUAUCUUCAUUGAUGCAGCAGGUCAAUUCUGUCAUUCAGAAACAUCAUGUCUGUGUAAGCAUUGGAUGUACUAGAGGUGUGUUGGUUGUUAGCUUAUGGGAAACUAGUCGUGGACAUCUGCUGUAGUCAUUUUUUUGCUUUUAACUCUCCAUGAAUACUUCAAAAAUAACACUUGUAGUGGUGAUCUAGUGGCAGCAAAUGUACACUCUGAAUUUUUUUUUAAUGCACUGGAAGGUAGCAUGUGUGGAUUAUAUAGGAAGCUACCUUACACUCUCUAUGGUUCUGUGACUAGGCUAAAAACCAGGACUUAGAAAUACAGCUUCCCUAUGAUAAGUGUGACCUUUGCAUUCUGAUUUUUUUGGAAUUUUUUAUCAAAGCUGUAAAUGCUUUGUGGGAAAUACAAUUGAAAACCUGCAUGCUCAGUUCUCUCCGCAUUGCUUUAUUGUUUUGACUGGAAGAAUAUUUUGGAUUCCAGGGAGCCAACCUUGAAUUAUGCUGAGCAAUACUUCACAUUCCUAUGUGCUAGUUAAAAAUGUUCCACUUCCCAAGUAACAGGGUGCCUGGAAUCUUUCUGGUGUUUUUUGUAAUAAACAUCUGUUCUAGGUUCUGUAACUUCUGCAGAGUUAUAAAUUUUGUAAAGUUCCAGUGCAUCUCUCUGUUUGUUUCACCCUCCAUGUGCUACUGUGGGUUGCAGAAAUUUGUGCCAGGAGAAGGUAUACUUUAUCUAGCUGUUGUUCCCGUCAUUUUCCUUUUGUCACACCCAGGAAGUGAGCUUGCCUUUUUGGCAGCAGGACACGAAACUCUCGUUAACCUGCUCACCUCUUGACCCACUGACACAGUCUCAUUUUAUUUUGUGUCAGUGCAUGUAUAAGCAGCAGCCUUCUUUGUUGCUAUCCAUCUUAACUAGUUACAUGAGCUUGUCUUAACGGAGACAUUUAAAGUUGAGUGGAACAAAUAGGUAUUGUAAAUUAAAUGUCAGUUGUUAAAGGAUGCCAUCCUAAGCAUAUUUGGAAGCAAGUCCCAUUGAAAUAAAUCACUCAUUGAUACCUGAACAUAUAGGUUUUUGCAGCAUUGCGUUGACAUUUAUCUAACAGCCACUUGUUUCUACCAGAGACACCUCUUUGCCUUCUGAUGAUUUGUUAAUCAGUGUAUCUAUGGGGAAGAGUUAGCAUAAACAUAUCUGAUUUUGCUCCUGUGAACAAGACCAGUACAUUCACCAUCUUUUUUAAUAAAUGAAAUAUGUGAUUACCAGAUUCAUUUUUCAUGAUUUUGAAAUAGAUGGAUUUUGUUCUACUUGUGAAUUUGGAAUAACUCUCUCUCUUUCUUUUUAAAUCUCUUUAGAUAUAUAACCAAAACCUGUUUUAUGAAACGGACUCUUUGUCAAAUAUACCUUUUUGAUGUCUGGUAUCUGAAACCUCCCAACUAUGCCAGCAGCUACAGUAGAUCACAGCCAAAGAAUUUGUGAAGUUUGGGCUUGCAACCUGGAUGAAGAGAUGAAGAAAAUUCGUCAAGUUAUACGGAAGUUUAACUAUGUUGCCAUGGUAUGAUGUUGGGAUAUUUGUGACCUUCUUUGUUUGGGCUGGAACUAGUCCUUGAAAAUUAUUUGGAAGGGGAAAAUGUAGAGAAGAUAAUUUAGAUAUUCAAGAAUAACAGAAGACUACAAUCUCAGAUAUUUAGUUGGAAUCAGUCCCAUAUAAUCUGAAACUUAUUCCCAAGUAAGGACCAAUGCUUAUGUUAUCUUUACAGUGUUUUUGCUGGUUGUUCUGGAUGGGUAUUGUGUUUUACUGAUACCAUUUAAAAUUAAGAGAUCAUGUGAAAAGGAUGGAUGAUAUGGUUACAUGGUUUGGGAACAUGUUCUUUUCACAGACUGAAGUUUUUCAUGUUCUCAAAACAUCAGAGCUCAGGGUCAUGCAGGGUCAUGACAGUAAAUUUCACAUGUGUGAAGAAGUUAUAAAUCUAUUGCCAAUAUAUAUUGGCAAUAGAUUUAUAACUUCUUCACACAUGUGAAAUUUACUGUCACAAAGUAAAGUGAUGGUCACUGACUUAGAUGGUUUUAAAGGAGGAACAGACAUUUAUGGAAGAUGGCUCUAUCAACAGAAAACUGGGCUUGCAAUACUAAACCAUUGCUUAGCACUCUGAAAACUACUGGAUGAUUAUCAGCCAUGUAUUGGGCUUGUGUACCCCAUUUUUCUUUCACAUGGCGGUGAAGAGGACAUGAGCAGAUUUAGUUCACUUUCACUGAUUCCUGGCUUAGUGUUAAAUUUGAACCAGGGUUUCUGGUUUAAAAUAAACUAGCAAGUUUUCCUUAUAGGCCAGUUUCAGAACAUAGGUUAUGAAGCUGGCUUAUUCAACUGAGCAGAAUUGAGAUAUCUAAACACUUGCUGAUGAGCUAACACAGACAGACUCAGAGAAAAUGAAUAUUCUCAUUAGCAAUAAAGUACAGUUUUCUUAGUUUAUUUUUCUCAUGUGCUUAUACCCACCUCAGUUCUUUUUGAACCAGAAAUUUUGGCAAGCUGAUAUUUACAAAAGAAACAAUGUUUUUUGUGUACAAACUAAUGACUUUCCUAGUGUGCUGUUUCUACACCAGUGUAAACAACCAAGGUUGGCUAUAUAUUUCUAUGAAUGACCAUUUUAUAUAUUUCAAUUUGCUCUAUAUUCUGUAUCUUAAUAGUCUUGUUUAUUGCAAAUAUUGGCUAGGAGCAGAUUGUAUGGGAGUCCUUCACCAGUGCAGUAAUUCAGAACAGUGUGUCUGCUUCAGUAAAUCAGCACAACAUAAGGCAGGGAUGGGGAAUCUGUGGCCUGCCAGAUGAUGAUGGAAUUCAGACCCCAUCAGCUCCGGCUGACCAGCAUGCCCGGUGGUCUGAAGUUAUGGGAGUUCAGUAGCAUCUGGGAGGCCACAGGCUUCCCUAUCCCGGAUGUUGCACCGUGUUAGGGCAUGUUAAAUUUUUCAGUUUUCAAAUUCCAAGAAUGAGGGGUGCUGAAAAGUUGAAACACGACUUGGGAAUUCAAACAAUAUUUUGGCUAAAUUGAUUUUAUUGAUUGAAUUUAUAUACCACCCUAUACCCGGAGGUAUAAUUUAGUUUUUCUUGUGUGUAAAAUUGUACACAAAAUCAGUUAUAUUAAUAAUAAUAAUAAUAAUAAUAAUAAUUACUUAGCAUUAUCUGACAUUUUCAGAAGGUAAAAUUGAAUUUUUUGGUGUUGCGAAAGAAGUCUAUGUGCUUCUUCAUCAAAUGUAGACUUACCAAGCUAAAUGUUGUCCAAUUACAAAAAAAAACCAUAAAAAGCAGAUUUGAAUUCCUCACACCCAAAAUCAUAUUUUAAAGACCCAUCACUGAAGAAUUGUGCAAAAAUUAAGUUUUGCCCCCUAAAAUGACAUGCCCUAACAACUUGUGUCAAUCCAACAUGCAAGGGAAAGAGGCAUGGCUGGGACAUAAUAUGGAAUGGCAUAUUUAAGUACCAUCCUUCCUGUGUUGACAGGUCUAAUGUUGCAACUACAACAUUUGAGUGUUAUUCUAAAAUUAUGACAAACAAAUGUUCCAGUCCAUAAUCCAACUUGGCUACAAUGUUUUCCUGGUAUCCAAGGGACUGGGAUUAACUGCAAAUGAGUGUGUCUUCCCACACCUGAUGCUUGUUGUCAGGAAAGCAUUCAGGGCUUUCUGAAGCAUUUAAACAAAUUUUGUGAGCUUUAGUAGCUUUUUAUAUUUUGCCUUUGGUCUUUGUGCUUUAAUUUUUCAGGACACAGAGUUUCCAGGUGUAGUUGCACGGCCUAUUGGAGAAUUCAGAAGUAAUGCAGACUAUCAGUAUCAACUGCUCCGCUGUAACGUGGACUUACUAAAGAUAAUUCAAUUAGGGCUGACGUUCAUGAAUGAACAAGGCGAAUACCCUCCAGGAACUUCAACAUGGCAAUUUAAUUUUAAAUUUAAUUUAACGUAAGUUGCAAUCCUUGGCUGCGUUUGUGUAUAUUUAUACUUGUAACUUUGUUCAGGCUUUUAAAUCUCAUUUAGCUGGAUCCUCAGGAAUGGCAUUUCAAUGGGAAGGCAAAGGUGGGAUAUUCUCCUUGCACGAGUGCCUUUAAAGCUUGUGCUUCUCCAGAAACAACCCAGUGAUAUUAACAGAAUUUAGCUUAAAGUGCUUAAUUCAGACAUACUAUCCUGCGCAAGGCAGUCAGGGCACAGCUUGAAAGCUCUGUCCUAUUACCUUUUAAAUGCAAGGAGAAGCCAGUUUGAUGUAUUCUUAGCCAGCCUAGGAAUAAAUUUUAGCUUGGGGACAAAUAGUGGGGUGGGUGAGUAUUCUUCCCCAAAACCUGUGUGGUGGCUCCUCUACUGAAGCAGCAGAGCUGAUGCAAAGUCCUAUAAUCAAGGGGGCAGGUGUUCCCUUGUGUGUGUGUGAUAGUUUUGCCCCUAAAAGCUAUGCAGAGCCUAGAAUUGGGCUUGGUGACUUAUUUCAUUGUAAGCAAAUGUUCCUAUCAUUUUGCCAAAUUGCAGCAGUUCUUUUAUAAGAAAAAUGUAUACUAGUUUGCAAACCUGUAUCCAGUAAAUUGAAGGGGUUUUCUUUCUAUGUAAAAUCUUGUAUGCACCACUUGGGAGUUUAAGGGAACUCUAGACUUGCUUUUGAAUUCACUUAACCUUGUUUAUUGAGCAGUGCAAUGUCUUUAAGAGGGCAGCCUUGCAUUCCAACUCGAAGCAUGUUUUCUUGGAAGUCUGUCCCAUUGGAGGCACUGGGAUUUGCUUCCAAGUUAGUAUGCUUCUCAUUGCAGCUGACUAGUCCAGGGCAGUGCAUAUUUACUUGGAAUUACAUUCCCCUGAGUUCAUUGUGUGCAUAGAAUCGCAACCUCAGUCUUUAAGCAAACAUAAUCAGCUAGCACUCUUUCAGGCUGGGGCUGAACAGAUGGUUUGACUUCUCGGAUAUGACUUGUCUCUCAAAGUAAUAAGAAAGCUUUUGUGAUACACCAGUUAUGUAAACUAUGAGCCGUAAGAUACAAACCUCAGUCCAAAGUUGGGUUUACACUUUCAUGGAUUUCGUGGUACAUAGUCCCUAGGAAGCAAACAGAGCUUUGUGAUGCCAGUAGAUCAAGCUGAUCUUUAAGAUCUUCUAAGAAGAUGGUGCAGGUUGUCCCAUGAGCAGCAGAUUGUGACUUGGUGGCAAGGCAGCAAUGGGCCUUCUCAGUGAUAGCACUUACCCUCAGGAAUGCUCUGAUUUGUGAGACAGGGACAGUGAUGGCCUUUAAAAGCCUCUUUAACAUUUACCCAAGCUUUCCUGGAGUCUGCCUCUUAAUUUUUCCAUUUUUGUUGCAUACCGUAUUUUUUGCUCUAUAGGGCGCACUUUUUCCCUUCUAAAAAGUAAGGGAAAAUGUGUGUGCGUCUUAUGGAGCAAAUGCAGGCUGCGCGGCUAAGCCCAAAGCCAGAACAGGGAGACGGAUCACUGCGCAGCGCUCCAUCUCCCUGUUCUAGCUUGGGGGUGGCUGUGCAAAGCCUCUGCAGGGCUGCGGGGUGAAGGCACCCCGCUGCCCUGCGGAGGCUUCAGAGGCUGUCCCCGAAGCCAGAACAGCAAGAGGCUAUCCCAGAAGCCAGAUCCCUCUUGCUGUUCUGGCUUCUGGGGUUCAGAAUUUUUUUCUUGUUGUUUCCUCCCCCCCAAACUAGGUGCGUCCUAUCGUCCAGUGCGUCCUAUAGAGUGAAAAAUAUGGUACAUUGCUCAGUUUUAUUUAGGAUAUACAACUGCAUUUUCUCUGGCUUUUAUGUGAAUGCUUAAAGAUUUUAUUUUUUAAAAAACAAAUGAAUAUCCUUGAAGUAAAUGAGAGUGCUGUAUGAAGAAGGAUUUUCCCAUAAUUUGCAGAGUAUUCAGUUAGAAAUCAUGAAUUUAGGUUACAGUCAUGCACACACCUACUUGGGAGUAAGUCCCAUAGAACUCAGUGGAAUUUACUUCUCAUUGGACAAGCAGAGACCCUCUUCACAUCAGGGCAAACCAUAGUUACUGGCUUACAAUAAAUGCAAAGAUCGCUUCCACUUUGUUCCUCCCUCAGGGCAAGCAGGAGCAGCGAGUCAUGAUCCUUGGCUGCGUGUUAUGCCUGAACUAGAGAUCCUGGCUUGUUUUGCUCAAACCAUGAUCAGGAAGCUAAGAACCAACCUUGACAUCAUGUUGUGGUUUGUCUGGAGUUAACAUUCUGGUUAGGCCAGAAUGUUAAAAAAAGCCAGAGGGUGUCAUGUUCAUAGUUCAUUAACUUCAUGUUCAUUAACUAUAGUUUACCUUGAUGUUUGAACACAGUUGUAAGAUGAAGCAGUAAACCUUAAUAAUGCUGUGAUCCUUUAUUGAUGUUCAUCCGUUUUCAUGAUUUAAUGGGCAAUUUGUCCUAGAUUUUGGUAUAAACUGUUUAUCUCAAGAUUUCUUUAUUUCAAGUGUGAAUCUUUCCCCAUCGUGUUUCUCCUAGAGAAGACAUGUAUGCCCAAGAUUCAAUAGAGCUAUUAACAACAUCUGGAAUCCAGUUCAAAAAACAUGAGGAUGAAGGAAUUGAGACUCAGUACUUUGCUGAACUUCUUAUGACGUCAGGUGUCGUGCUAUGCGAAGGAGUCAAGUGGCUUUCAUUUCAUAGGUAAAUGCAGCAUUAACUAAUACAACUAAUAUAUAACUAAUGUUCUUUAACCUUUUCCUGAAACUGUAAUACCAAAUAAUUGCCCCCAUUAAUUGAGAUUGGAAAGUCAGGGUUGGAUGAGGUGUGGAUAUGGCAACGUGAUUUUGUCGUAAAGGCUUUCCUGCUUUUAAGUUAAAUCUCUACGCUUCGGCUCCAGUUGGAAACUAAUAAUUUGUAUCUUAAAAUGAGGCACUAAAGUGUCGGCCUUGUAGAGAGGGAGCACUGUAUUUUUCUAUUUUGCUUUGACAGUUUCCCAGGUCAGAGGAAGGAACAGCCACAUAUCUCUACCCUUUGUGUACGCUUAGCAGGUAAAUGAAAACUGGAAUUAGUUGAUUAACAUCGUUGGAAAAUCCAAAUUCAGUGCAGCUCUGAAGACCCAUAUGAUAAUACUGGUAGGGAAAAUACAACCCUUCUAUUUUAACUGUAAUGCCAAAUAUUGGGGAAAAAUUAAACUUUUUAAUUUGGUUGCUGCAUGGAUUAUUUUCUUAUCUGGUGCCAAUAAACUAGUCUUUUGGCUUCUCCCCACCCCUGAAGGCUCAGUUAAAUCAAGAGGACAAAAUAAACUUUUGAAGGGUUUGGACUGCAGUCUAGAUAUCUGUGUAAGCACACUAAUGAUUCGAGCCAGACUCAUCACCUGGGGAAUUUUUUUCUCCACUGCUGGGCUCACAAAGUAGGCUGAAAGCAAUUAGGAACAUUUGUUUGCCAGCUUAUUCCACAGUGUGUGUUGUUAACUGUUUUGAAAGAAUACCUCUCUCCUGUCGAGCGGUUGUGUGGGAAGUUCCUUACUGAGUUUUAGUUCUGGCCUGUAUGCAUACUGAUGAGUUUUCUGGGAAAAGUUGCUAACAGAGGUAUCUUAUUUGAAAAAGGACAUCUUGUUCAAGACCAGCUAUGGACAUAAUCUGUGGUGCUCAUGCAUUUCUUAUUGCAUUUCAGCAUGCUUGAGUGGUCCAACCAUUUAAAAAUGAAAAGGGCUUUCAGCUCCUGAGAUAGGUACUGUACCUUGUGCCCAAGGUGUUUAAGAACUUGUUUUUAAUACCUUCAAUGGCAGAAGAAAAAGUUCAUUUAGACAAGAGGCCAUUAGCUAUGUUUCAGUUCUGCUUUGUGUAAGUAGACAUAGCUUUUAAAAAUCUGGUGUAAUAAAUUAUAUUAUCAGGUUGAGCAGUUGAUGGAGAUAGAUUAGAAAUAUUUGGAAUUCAGCUAUUGUGCUGGUAAUAAAAUAAGUGUAGAUAAUUUCAAGAGUUGUAUCCAGCUAUAUAAGUUGGCUGUUCCAAUUUCUGUCCCAUUAAAAAUCUGAUCAGUUCGAAUUGCUGCCCAACCGUUUUAACUUUUGCUUUAGCUGCUGAAAUGUUACAUGAAAAAUUCUGUUAGUCUUCUGUGAAUGAGGAUUAAUUUAUAGAAAUUGUGUUUUAAGGCAGCUAUGGUCAAAUAUUACAAGCAGGCAGUGAAGAAUGUUUCCUAAAGCAUAGCAAGCAGGCUUCGGAUAUGGCCAAAAAAAAGGCAUCACAUUGAAUUUCUAGUAAUCUUGUAUCCAUCAGUUUUCCUUGAUGAAUCAGAAUUCUGUAUUGUAAAUGCUUGAGUACAAUGACAAUGUGAACACUCCAUAUCAGACCAAGAUAGGGUGGCUGUGAAAAUAUUAGCAGUGGUUUUUAAUAAGUCAGAAUUAUUAAUUUAGAAUUAAUGAUUUCUCAGCAACAUAAUAUAUUUUUAAUUGUCUGUUUUAUUUCUGUGUAACCCUGCAGGCCAUGUGGUCUAAAGUGAUUGAAAGAGUUACAUUGAUAAAAAUGUAAUAUUACCUAAAUUCAUGUGGUAUUACCUAAAUUCAUGUAAGAAUGCACUUUAUGAAACAAAAUUUAAAAUGAUGGGCUGGCAAUCCUACACUUUACAAAACUGUUAUCAUGCAGCAUUACUGACUAUUUUGCCAAUAAUGGGAGACUUUGGAUAGUAAUUCAGGUGGAGUAUUGACAAAGAAAAGAAAGGGAGAAUGAAUAAUAAAUGGAGACUAUUUUAAUGUGCAGUAUUUUAAUAUAUAGGAUGGAUACAAACCUAUCAACAUUAAUGCAUGUCCAUAGCUUUUAUUCUGAGUCAUUCAGAUUUUGAUAUUCUAAGGAUACUCAGUAGUUCUAUUGUUUGGAAAAAUGUAAAUCUAAUUAGAUUUUUAGAUCUACAUGUGAUCAAUUUUGGGCAUACAUAAGUGAUCACAUGCAAUAAUAUUUGACUAGAUUUCUUUCAGUAUAUGCAAAUAAGGAACCUAGUUAACCCUUUGCCAAAGAAGUACAAGGUGUAUUAAAAUCAAGCUAGUUUUCAACAACUUUUUAUUGAAUAUGGAGACACACAAAAUUUCUCAAUUUGUAAUCCUAUGGCAGGAGAAGGCAAAAAAACCCCCUAUGACUCACAGAUGAAUAUUUAUUAGUCAUAUUUAUGUAAAAAUUUAUGUAAAAAGGACUGUCUUAAUUUUAGUGUAUUAUGCAAAAACUAAGAGAAUAUAUAAUUACAUUUCUGUCAGUUGUUGGUUUUGUCAAACCAUUGAUGCUGGAUUGACAUGCAUGUGCUAACAGUGUAAUAUCAUAUAAAAUGGUUGGAAGGAUGCAUUAAAUACCAUCAGAGAAAUCACAGGAGAUGUUAGUAACAUUAACUCUGUAGGUAAGUUUACUAACAGUGCAUCUAUACACAAGUGGCUCCCAUUGCAUUCAGUGGGGUGUACUGGUGUGUUUAGGUUGCAGCCAUAGACAGUAAUCUUGUGCAUACUUGGGAGUAAGUCCCACUUUAAAGUAGUGGGACUUAAUUAACGAGUAAACAUGAACUGGGUUGGGCCUCAUAUGAUCUAAGACACUGGCCUUCAAUGUGUGGGUUGUAACAGGAGGAAUACAUAUAUGUACAUAUAUGGUAAAAGAUUAAGAAAUGGGUCCCCAAAUGGAUAUUUGAGUUAAAAAUGGGCCCUGGGGCCUGAUAAUGUUGAAUGACUACUGAUUUAAAGGAGUGCUUAGAAACCUAGGAAAUUGGUGGCUUAGCUGUGAAAAUAAUGGGAGGAACAAUGCAAGGCAUUCAGUAAGCAAUAUUAAAUUUUUACAAAAGGGCAGAAGCUUAGGAAAACCUGGAAUGUAAUUAAGAAAUUCUGUAUCAGAUGGAAGAGCUGAAUCUGAAUUUUUGGAGCACUGGGUAAUUUCAAUGGGUAUUUUGUCAAACUAUAGUGAAUAUAUUUAGAAUAUAAACCUACAGGCUUUGUCUUGCAAAAUAUUAUUGACUAUUGAUGUAGACCAGAGCUUUCAAAACUCUCUGUUGCAACACAUUAGUGUGUCGGCUGCAGUGUGUAGUUGUGUUGUGCGAACGCUCCCCACACUCCUCCUGGGGCUGGAAAGGGGUUAGUUUAACCUCCAGUUUGCAAAUAAAACUGAAUUACUGUGUCGCAAAAUGAUGCACGUCUAUAAAGUGUGUCACCAAACAUGAAAAGUUUGGAAAGCUCUGAUGCAGACCUAAGGUUGUUUAAUUUGUAAUGUAACAUAGUUAAUAAUUUAGGGUGCUAUCUGGUGUUUGUCAUACUUAAAGUAGACCCAUUGAAACCAACAGAUUUAAGUAGCUAAAGUUCAUUGAUUUCAUUGGGUCUAUUUUGACUUGACUAUCACUCUUAAAUAAAAGGUCUUGGUAAAAUAUAGCAGAACGUAGGUUUAAAUUGUCAUUUCAUACUCUGUCCUAUAAACAGGGAACAGCAGUAGAUUUAGUUGCUCAGUAGAUAGAUAUAAAAGCAAUAUUUCUUAAAGGUUUCUUAAGAAUUCUCUUCAUAUGUAUAUUGCUUAUUGGCUGUCAUCAUAUCCACAAUAUCACCACUGUGAAAUAUACAUUUAAUGCAUUUCCUUUUACAAUAGCCUCUUAAGGAAGAUUAUAGUACAGACUCAUUUGGUAUGCUAUAGGAUUAACUGUCUCUUGCAGAUGGUUACAUUGGCCAGUAUCCAGCAAAGUAGUUCCAUUGGCACAAGUCCGGCUUUGCAACAGAACUUCCCCUGCUUUUCUUCUUAAUAAUAAUGAAUUUAGCGUCUUGAAGAGAAUACAUAUGCCUGGGCUUUGCAGUUUUUCUUUUAAAGAGAAGAAUCUCUGGAAUGACAACCUGACUAAACUUAGGUGUUUUUGUUUUGUUUCUGUUCCUAAUUGCUUUGCAGUGGCUAUGAUUUUGGUUAUUUGAUCAAGAUCUUGACAAAUUCCAAUUUACCUGAGGAAGAGCUGGACUUCUUUGAGAUUCUGAGAUUAUUUUUCCCUGUCAUUUAUGAUGUGAAGUAUCUUAUGAAGAGUUGCAAAAAUCUCAAGGUAAAUUCCCUAAUGCCUUUUUACAGAGAUUAAACAACAUUUUUAGGAAUAAAGUUCUUUAUGGAUGAAGAAUGUCACAAGUCAGCUUUUGUCUCGUCUUCUACCUUUACGGUGUUGUCUAUAAACUGCUAGAGUUAGACCUAGCUAUCAUCAGCCCCAGCCAGCGUAGCGAAUGACCAGGGAUUAUAGGAUAGUUGUCCAACAGCUCUGGAGGUUCCUUAUCCUUGCAUUAGAUCUUAUGUACACCAACCUGGACCCUGCGCUUGUCAUCUAAGUCCCUUCUCUAUGUCCCUCGUCCCUGAGAGGUUCGGAGGGUGACAAGAUGAGAAUGGGCCUUUUCUGUGGUGGCUCCCUGUCUGUGGAAUGCUCUCCACAGAGAGGCUUGCCUGGUGCUAUCAUUACAUGUCUUUAGGCACCAGGCAAAAACAUUCCUCUUUACUCAGGCCAUCAGCCAUUAUAUAGUAUAUGACCUGUUAAAUGUGUGUGUGGGACUGUAAUGAUGAUGAUUUUAUUAUUAUGCUGUGUAUUAAUUUUAUUCUGUGUAGAUUAUGUUGUACACUGCCCUGGCAUCUUUGGACAAAGGGUGGAAAUAAUAUAGUUUGGAGUUGCAAUUUUUUUGUUAAUAAUGUUUGACUUGAGUACAUUGGAUCUUUUAUUAUUAUCGUCAUUAUCAACAUCAUCAGCAUCACAUUUAUUAAUUAUGUACGUAAUGAGUAGUCCCUGAAGCCAGUAUAGCUUGAAGAAUGCACUACAUAUUCUAAAUUUGCAUGGUAUCAUUUCAAAAAUGGUGGAUGGGGAAGGAUUUAAUUUAUCUGGAUUCCUUGAUGCAUUUGUUUUAUUAAAAGGUUCCUGUUUAUGGAUCCUAUAGUACAGCAAUUAUAGUGAUUCUAGACUCUUUGAAGUUCAUAACCUUAAUUUCUGAAGACGUCUUUUUCUUCAUUCUCCAGUGUUUUGGGUAGUUGAAUAUGAAAAAAAUUAAAUCAUUUGAGCGUAAGUUGUAGGGAUUUUGGGAGUAAAACAUGCAUCCCAGCAAUGCCCCCCCCCAAUUGUAUAGGUCAUAGAAUCAUAGAAUUGGAACACUUAGGAUCAUGUAGUCCAACCCUCUGCACUGUAGGAAUAUGCAGCUGGCCCUAUGGGGAUUGAAUCCAUGACCUUGUAGUCUCCUCCUAAUUUUCCUAAACCAAAGUAGUGGUUCUAUUAAAGCCCCUAUCUGUUGCCCUUCCAUCCUGAAAACUGCUUGUCACAUGCCUAGGCAGAUCACUAGAAAUCUCUGCUCAGGCACAAUGUCUGCAUUAUACAGACUUGUUCAGUAUUGGCAUUUAGCAAGUUUGUGGGCCUUCUCCUGGGCUUGAGCGCAUGACACUCCCUCCUGCACAUGGUUGUAACAGUGGGGGAGAUUAUACAUGAUUCUGACAUGGGCAAUGUAGCACUUCCAAGAUUUGUCUUUUCAGUUUCAUUUCCAGUGGGUUUAAAAGCAAUAAUACAAGCGUAAGCAAACAGGAGUGCUGAAAGGCAUUCCUUUCCUCAUUUGCGAAGGCUUCAGUGAAAUUGUAUCUUUAGCUAACAUCACGAUUCCGAGAAAAAACAUGGCUUUUCGGUUGUGUGAUACUGUGCAUUCCUUGCUUCAGAAACAGUUACAUAAACAAAUGGGAUGGAAACUAAUUCCUCAUCUGUUUUAUUACCAGAGGUAAUAACUUACAAUCUUCUGAUUGUGCUGCCAUCUUCUCUUUCAGGGUGGAUUGCAAGAAGUUGCUGAGCAGUUGGAGCUGGAGAGGAUAGGACCGCAGCAUCAAGCAGGAUCUGAUUCUCUACUAACUGGCAUGGCCUUCUUCAAAAUGAGAGAGGUAGGUGGUUGGGGGUUCAUCAGCCUUUGGAUGAAUAAUUGUUAUUUAACUUGCCACUGGGGUUGGGCCUAGUGAAGCUAACCCUGGAAAUAGGCUUCUCAGAGUGCAAGGUAGUUCCUCUCUUUGGCAGAAGCAGUGGCUAAGUGGCAGCUUAUUCUCUGCAGUCUGCCCUCAAUGCCAGUUUGUGUAUGCCUUUGACCAAAAGGCAGGUCCCAGCUUCACCUGCCUCACACAUACCAAAGGAAUCAGCCUUAUAUCAAGUCAGACCAUUGGUCUGUCUAGCUCGGUACUGUCGACACUGAUAGUGGCUGCCUGGACUGACUAGGAAUGGUGGGAGGAACCAGCUGGGGAACCAGGCUCAGAGCCUAGGGAGUGAUGGCGGGACAACAAUGAGUGGUCAAGACUGGGAAGAAGGGGUGUAGGAAGCUGAAGAGGUAACUGGGCUUAGCAAAGUGGGAGAGUCUGUGGCAGAGAGAAGUCCAGAAUCAGAGGUGAAGGGUCAAGCAGGAGAAGAGGGAGGUCAAGAGGCAGAGAUGAUUCUGGCUGAUGAAGGGUCAUGGGUGUCUCCUCUUCCUGCUGCAACAAGCUUCCCUCCCACCUUCUCUCCCAGAACCAGAAGUGGCAUGCAAAGGGCAGAGGAGAGGUUGGCUGCUCACAGAUGCGGUCUCAGAUUGCUUGGAAAAAGGGGAAUGUGGGCAGCUGUGAGGAGGUGGGAACUUUGUCUUGGUAACUGAUCCAUGGGCAAGGCCUACUGGGGAUGAGCACCUAGUCUGUUCAAAUUGUGUUCUUACUAAUAAAGAGUUAAUUGAAACUUACACAGUGUGAUUUACUGCCAGCUGGUUCCUGCCAGUGGCUCACUAGGGUUUCAGGCAGAAGUCUUUUUCACUUAUACCUCAAGAUAUCAGGGAUUGAACCAGGGAUGUUCUACCUGCAAAGGAGGUGUUCUGCCAUUGUCCAUAGCAUAGCCUUUCCCAAUAAAUGUGAUGUGGGCAAGCAGUAUGCCCUCUCAUGGAUUGAUUGAAUGCAUAAAAAUGGAAGAAAAGUGUGUGGGGCCACAGUUUGUUCCGAGCAGAGCGGUCUGAAAUGUCCUUUUGUGACAAGAUAGACCCUGCCACUUAGCUUUCUCCUCCUUAGCUUUCUCACUGACUUGUGGUUUUGAAUUGUCUCCAGAUGUUCUUCGAAGAUCACAUUGAUGAUGCAAAGUACUGUGGUCACUUGUACGGUCUCGGUUCUGGUUCCUCAUAUGUACAGAAUGGGACAGGAAAUGCAUAUGAAGAAGAAGCCAACAAGCAAUCAUGACAUGAAAUGGGAAGCUGCAUUUUCUGAGCUCCACGUGCUUGUACAUAGGUUUUAUCUCUGGUUGAAUCCCUUGGGACAAUAAGGCCUUCUCUUCCCCUUGGCACACUUCCUUUUAUGCCUUUGUAUGUACUAAACCUGACUGUUCCUAUCCCAGUUUUUUGACCUUAAGGUGUAGGCAUUUCUGGGUUAAAUGUGGCCUUGUACUUUGCCCAUCUGUACAUAAGCACAUGUAGGAGCAGCGUGGCGGGUAGAAGAAAGCUGAAAUGAUAAUGAAAUUUCUGGUAAACUUUAAUUGGUCUUAGUAUUGGUUUAUUAUCUCCCCCACCCCUUUCCCCAAACUGAGCUAGCACUGAUUGUAACCAAUUUCCACAUUUCUUUAUCCCUUCUGGUGUACAGGAGUUUUAGCUAUUCAAGGUUGUGGACCAUCACAUUUGCACUUUAGAAGACUGACUCUCUCUGUCAGAUCCUCUGUUUUAUCUGAAGUUCUGGUUCUGUCCCCUCUCCUGGCCCAGACAAAAUGUUGAUCCUCUUGGUUGAACACACAAAGUUGCAAAUUCAUUAGAAAAGCUCAUAUUCACUGCAUAAUCUUGUUCAGAACUACUGAAAUCCUAGCAGCUGCUCAUAUCUAAACUGGUGUCCAGUCUUCCAGGUGUGCCCUGCACACACCGGCUUACGAUCAGUUUGCCAGUUUCGCACUGCUGUGUGAUGAAAAUAACUAGAUGGUGCCAUCAGAAUCUCUCUUGGGUGUACUCCACUGAAUUGAGAAGCUCUUGCCUGGUGUCUAAUUUGUGCUCUGUUCAAUUCAAUAGGGUGUGUUUCGGAGAGGUUCCUUGUCAAAUUUUCCUCCUGUAUCUGGAAACAAGCUGUACCGCCUUCGGGGACAACUGUGUCCUAUUUUGCUUUUGAGCAGAAUAAUUGAAAUGAUGGAGAUUGCAGUAAGAUUUAAGUUCACAUUGUGGAUCCAGUUCCUUAUUCCUGUUACAGGAAGCUAUUUCCUACAAAUACUUUCUAUUUCUAUUUAUUUUCUACUUGAAUAGAUGAACACAAGUCCGUAUGAGGACAAGAUCCAAAGAUUUGAAGCCAACUCGAUAAUGAGCUAAAUAAAAGGAAGAUAGGUGUGCCCUUUUGGUAGCUGAUACAAAAGGUAUUUGUUGUAAAACAACAAAAUCUACUUGUACCUAAUAAAGCUACCGGAGGCUUGUAAGGCUAGUUUAUUUUUUUGAGUCUAAGCAAUAUAUUUUAUAAAUACAUUGUUUUAUUAAAGGACCACAAAGUACUUUCUUAACCAUGCAGAGCAUGCUCAUUCGAAGCAGUUGUGCAGGAGGACUUCAAUUGGUAUUGAAUAGCUAAACCCUAACCUGAAAUGAUGGAGUGCCUGUGGCAGCAUUUCGUGUGUAUCGCCCACACUGAAAAUCAGCAAGAGUAAAUCCUAAGUUGAUUUGUUUACCAUGUACUUUAACCUGUUUUCCUCUCUCUCCUCAAGAAGUUACAGUGAUGUAACUGUGGGUGGUCCUUUUUAAAGAACAAUAACAGACAUUUGCAUAAGAGGGUUAUUUGUUUUUAAAAGCUUUUGUAAAUAAAGGCUUCAAAAGUGUUUUCUUACGUA